AACCUGGGCCACUCAUCGGCAACAGAAUCCAGAAGCUUCCAUUCAUCGCUUACGCUGUUUUCUCCUCUGCACUACACCGGCCCCGGCCCAGGACACCAUUACCCGUGCUCUACUUACACAUGGCGAGCCCAAUCCCAAUGGUUGCCACCCCAAUCCAGCUCCAGACCGGCCGCCUCAGAUUCAGCUCCCCCUCCACAGCCUCCAGAGGGCGAUUCGCGGCGGUGAGAGUGAUGGCGUCGGCGGAGACGGUGACGACUGAGAAGCUGGGCGUGAGGGUGGAGCGCAACCCGCCCGAGACACGCCUCUCGGAGCUCGGCGUCCGCCAGUGGCCCAAGUGGGGAUGCGAGCAGAGCAAGUUCCCGUGGACGUACUCGGCCAAGGAGACGUGCUACCUGCUGCAGGGGAAGGUGAAGGUGUACCCGGAGGGCGAGGAGGGGUUCGUGGAGAUCGCGGCGGGGGACCUGGUGGUGUUCCCCAAGGGCAUGAGCUGCACCUGGGACGUCGCCGAGGCCGUCGACAAGCACUACAAGUUCGAGUAGUAGUUUCCACCUAAUUAUGCCGGCCGCUAUCCCAGCUGCUGCUACUACUAGUACUAGAAUCUAGAUGGAGAUAUUCCGGCAGAUCAAAUCGCUUCGCUCGUGUACCUUGUAGGCCGAUUAUGCUCCUGUGAAUCUCUCUCUUUAUUGGAAUAAGACAUCGGAAUAGUUAGUUGUGUUUGCUGAA